AUGGCUCUUUUGGGGAUGAAGAGAAUCAACCCUCUGAAGGCACUCCAGCCCAAACGUCGCUUGCAGCAAAUACUGGCCUCCUCGCCCGUCCCGGUCCCCGGGCCGGAGUCCGGGUCGGGCGUGGCCUCACCAGCUGCCACGGCGCCGAUAGCCAUUCCGGUGCCGGCCCCGCCUACGUUUGACUAUUGCAGGUUCAUAGAGCUAGACUACGUUCCCAUGGAGACAGGUUAUAUGGUGUCAAUGCGCCCGACUAAAGGCUAUGCAUCCACUACAAAAGGACACACUUCAACGAAGCGGUCCCCUGCAGGCCCCAGUAACAGAGAUCCUUAUGGCAAUGCAUCUCUCAGUAGCAGUAGCAACUCAGGCUCUUGUAAAGGCAGUGACUGCAGUCCAACCAAGGGACGUCACCAGAAGUACAUAUCAUGUACAGACAACCAUGGUAUCAGGCCCCCACCACCAGAGCAGUACCUCACACCUCUGCAGCAGAAAGAGGUGUGUAUCCGUCACCUGCGGGCAAAGCUAAAAGAAACCAUCAACACACUGCAAAACAGGGACACAGAGAUAGAUGAGUUGAGAGAAAAGCUUUACAAAAUGCAGGAGGACUGGGUUGAGGAGGAGUGCCACCGCGUGGAGGCUCAGCUGGCCCUGAAGGAAGCACGACUGGAGAUUCAGCAACUCAAGCAGGCCGUAGACACGGUGCGCGACAGGUUGAGCAAUGCCGGGGGAGUAAGCGGGGACAUCGGGGUCCAAAAGUACUUUCAGGACAUUAACACUCAAAACCACAAGCUUGAGAACCUGUUGCUCAACAUGGAAUUAGCUCAGGUUGGAUUAGCCAAGGAGGGGGAAGCCAUAGCAGGUCGUCGGACCCGUGUUGGGGGUUCAGCGCCAGCGUCAGUGUCUGGGGAAAGUGGAAGGGCAUCUUGUUCUUGUGAUUGUUCGCCAGCUCGUUCUCUGACCCGUAGCUCCACCUACACCAAACUGAGUGAUCAAGCAGCGAACCGAAAUGGCAUUAGUGCAGAUUUUCCUUGUCUUUCUGCUGAUGGCACGCAGGAUAGUGGCAUUGUGUGCUGUGGGGAAAGCAGCAGUGUCCCGAGCCGGGCCGACUUGCUCCUGGAAGCAGCCUUCCUUUCAGAAGAAACAGCUUCAUUGCUGAAUUCCUAUGCGCAAAUGCCACACUCCGCCACCUAUGAGAAGCUGUGCUCUGGUGAACGCGUGCCAACAUUUCGUUGCGGUGUUGGUGGUGGAAGCUGUAUAAGCCACCCCUGCCUGUCACACCAUCACCUGUAUCUACAUCCUUUACGCGAAACAGGCAUUCAAACCGAGAGUUGUCCUAUCCCAGCAACAUCUGGUUGCCAGUCAGACUUGGAUACAAUUGCUGAACAACGUACUUUCCGAUCCCAAGCCUGCAGUCCAACUUCAACUUGGAUGUCUGAUGAAGAAGAUUAUGACUCAAUCACCACUACCACUUCUGUAACCAGAUCAACUGUAAUGAGCACAGCCACAGAGCCGAUUCCAUUUUCCAAAAUGCUACGGGUUAAUUCCAUACCCCGUUCUGCCACAGUGGCCUGUUCAAUGGAGAGUCCUUUGUGUGACGAUAAGGAGGGUGCAAAGGAAGACACAGAAGAAGCUGCAGUGGAAAAUCAUUGUGACGUAACAGUGGUCCAACCCACAGUAAUGCAGCAAAACACAGAGAGAGCAAAAAUGGGGAGAAACCAGGAAGAACCAAAUGUCGCACUUUGGAGUUCGGCAGAGAGAAAGGAGGGUCAAUGGACUGUAGGGGAUACAACAGUUGGGAACCCAUUUGAAACACACAAAGGUAACAACAUUCAACAAGCUGAUGGCCUGAUUCAAAUAGAACUACAAGGACUGAACCCAUUUACCCCAGAAUCCCAACAAAGCAAAGAACGACCCCACACUUCCCAGCCAAAACGAUCUGGUUCCCAUGAGGAGGGAGCUGGUGUCAUUGUUGUGGGGGAACAUGACCGUGAGGAUGAUAAGCAGUCAGAGGCUGAAGAGCAAGGUGAAGAAGCAGUAGCAGCAUUGGAGGACGACUCAACCUCUGGUUCAGGGCCGGUACAGAAAAGCUACUGGAGUCGCCACUUUCUUGUGGAUUUGCUGGCAGUGGCAAUUCCUGUAGUGCCGACAGUGGCGUGGCUGUGCCGAGGUCCGGUUCGAGAUGGACAGCCCAUGUACCACAUCGGUUCACUGCUAAGAGGCUGCUGCACUGUGGCCCUGCACUCCCUGCGCCGAGGAGGGGGGUUGAGGCAUUACCCUGCAGGCGGGGGCGACCUUAGUGGAUCUCAUAUGUGA